CGCCAGCCCAGUAGCACACGCAGCACUGAACGGCACACACGAUGUUCGCGCACACGUAUGCGCUCGCCGCGGCGUUCCUGUGCUCGCUGGCCGGACAACUCGGCGCGGGCGCCAGCCUCCACUGUGCGAUGCGAAGGGAGAUCUCACCCUGCACUUGCCGUCGCGAGGACAAAGGCACCGGAGCCAUCCUCGUCGUGUGUCAGCGAAUCAAUGCAUAUGAAGAUAUCGCGAGAGCGCUGACCAACAAAUUCAGCCCGGAGACAAAGAUUGGACUGGACAUCUCGUACUCGAGCCUGCCGGAUUUCGCCGAGCACAGCUUCCGUGAACUAGGCCUAUCCAUUACGAGACUCAAGUUAAAUUUCGACAAUCUAAGCGAACUGAAGGAAAGUGUGUUUUCUAAGCUGGACCUGGUGGACUACUUCAGCUUGGCUGACAACUCACUACCCGACAUGCCACGGCAUGUUUUACGUCAUUUACCUCACGUGAAGACUCUAGACCUCUGCAGAAACAAAAUAACGAGUCUCUCUGAAGACGAUUUUAGAGAUAUCCAGGAGCUCGAGCAUCUAUUGGUUGCUGAUAACCAAAUAUCGAAGAUAGAGAGAGACGCUGUACCGAAGGCUUUGAAGCACAUACACUUGGGCAUCAACAAGCUCACGUCACUAAAUGGAGCCCUGCGGGAUCUGGACGACCUCGAAUGGAUAUUCAUCAAUGCCAACAACCUUAAAUCUAUAGAUAACGAGUUGCCUAUUAAAGCUAAAAGAAUUACACUUAUACAUGCCGCACAUAAUGAAUUACAAAAUUUGCCAAAAGAUAUGAAGCAAAUGCCUUCCUUGGAAUCACUUUAUUUUUAUGGGAAUAAAAUAAAAUCUUUGGAUGGAGCUCUUCAGAAAUCAAAGAAACUAUUAAGAAUAGGCGUUUCAUUUAACAAAAUCGAAUACUUAGCUGAAGAUGAAUUCAUUGAAGCUGAAAAAUUAGCGGACUUGGAUAUAGCUUAUAACCAACUAAAAUCUUUAAAUGGAUCUUUGAGAAGCUUGAAAUCACUCCGAUAUUUGAAUUUAACCCACAACUGUCUCACAGAGUUCUCCUUACAAGAAAUAAAGGGGCUGAAACGGUUAUCUGUAAUAGAUUUGUCCCAUAACAAAAUUAGUCAAAUUACGGGCAAUAUGGAGAAUCUUGUGGAUGUUGAAACGCGUGUUCUCGAACUACGAUUGGAACAUAACUAUCUGCUGAAUUUGGGAGGAGCACUAAUGGGUCUUCAUGGUUUAUUGCGGCUAAACCUCAGUCACAACCAACUACAAAAUAUAUCUCCAGAUGAUCUCAUAGGUCUUGAAGAAUUAAAAGUACUUGACCUAUCUCACAAUAAUAUUCUGACAUUGAAAGAAACAUCGAAGACGUUUUUGCCUUCUCUUGAGGAACUUUUGGCACAUCAUAACAAUAUUACGGCGCUGGAUAAAGAUUUCCACGGGCUACCAUCACUCUGCAUGGCUGAUCUCUCCUAUAAUCAAAUCCAGACUGUUAACUAUGAUCUGGUGACGAAGUCAAGAUGUACAAUAAACGGAGUUCCGAGCACAUUGAAGAUUUAUCUUCAAGAUAAUCCAGUUCUUUGCGAUGAUCGGUUAUUUGAGCUGAUGACUGUGCUGGAGAGUUUAAACGCCCGAGUGAGCGGAGUAUCUACCUGCGUCGCCACGCAGACUUCAGCGCCGGUGCUUACGCGAGCCCUCAACGAUAUUGUGCCUCAAAAGGAGGCCGUGCCUAUCUUUAUGGUUGCCCACGUGGAAGCCAGGGAGCUCGAAGUGUCACCUGAUAUAAUCGAGCGCAAUCCGAUAGCACCCGCCUUACCUCUCACAUACCAGCGCGUGGGUGCUAUAGUAGGGCACGUUUUGCCAGAGCGUGACGGAGGGCUGCCCGUCGUAGUCGAACCUCCGGUGACGCUGCCUCCGUCGAGCACUAACGUGGUGGUCAAGUGGCCCGAUGAACGGAGAGUCGAGGAACACGCCCACCCUCUCGCUGAUCACUUGCGCCUGCGCGAACUCGACGCCUCCUCGCAGUGAGACUCCUCCACAUGGCGGUGCAGCACACGCCGACGCGAUACCAUACAACUGAGUGUCACGUCCUAUGAUAUAAACUGCCGCUGAUCUACCGCAGAAGAGCGUCUUUUCAUUCGAUUGGAUGAUUUAAAUUGUUUCCCAACUCAGUUCCCAUAUCAAUUAGAUCCGCUAUGUAUGUAAAUAGGAGUCUUAAGUGAUCCACUGUAAAUUAUGAACGUCGAGAAAUGUGUAUGUGCUUUGGUAUAUUUAAAUACCUAAAUAAAUGUUUUAUAGUUGCUGAAUGUGUAGGAUUAAAGAAGCUGUUAGUUGAGUGAAUGUGUUAGACGACGUCUCUUACCUUUUCAAGAAGCAAACUUAUCUAAGUGGGUUUUCUGAAUAACAAAAUUAUAACUAGUGUAAAUUUUUCUUACGUAAAUUAUUCAAAUCUACAUAAAUUGUCACUAUAAUACAGAAAGUAUAUUAAUAGAACUACCGAGAUACUACUUUUAAGUUAAUAGAUAUGUAGGAAAUUUUAUAUCGCCUAUUCUUCUAUUUUGUAAUGUUAACAAAUAAUAAAAAUAUAUUUUUAAAUUACAACUAAUCCCUUCGACACGUCUUGAACUUGUGAUAAUUCAAAAUAUUAAGCCAUUUACUUGUAAUAACUGUAUUGCAUUAUUUCAUAUUCAUUAUGAUAAAUCCUUAAUUUUUCUGGACUGUCUUUAAAUUUACUUAGAUUUAGUUAUUAAGUUUAGUAUAAUACGUUAGUUGAUCAAUCGACAUUAUAGCUGAUCUUUGUUUAUAGCUUUAGUCCAUGUAAGGAGAUGAUACGUAAAAAUAUUAUAGUUGUUGUUUCGAUU